UCAAAGAAGAUUUGAUGUACUAUUCUAUUUCUGCCAAAUCUGUUAAUGUAUUAUGCAUUGCUUUAUUUUAAUCUUACAGAAAAAUGAGAUAUUCUGGAAAGGGGAUUGUAACAGUCAAUGUACAUGUCAAGGAAACAAUCAUGUGAACUGUACAACUCCGACCUGUGAUCCUGAAGAAGUGUGCAAAGUACACAAUGGAAUUAAGGGCUGUUUCCCUGCCAAUCCCUCCAUCUGCCAUAUCUAUGGUGCUCCACACUACAUAACAUUUGAUGGCAAGUCAUACCAUUUCCAAGGAACCUGUAAUUAUACAGUCGUGGAGACCUAUGGAAACACAAGUGUGUAUUUCUCAAUCACUAUGAGAACUGAGAAUAAAGGAAGCUUAAACUGGACAGCUAUAAACUCAGUUGCAGUCAGCUUCAAUGAUCUUAAUAUUAUUCUGGGCAAAAACAAAGUGGUAGAGAUUAAUGGACUCAUUAUUUCACUGCCUGGGACCCCAGCACCUGGCAUCUCAAUAGACUUAAAUGGCUCAUUUUUUGUUGUGCAAACUGACUUUGGUCUUGAAGUUAAAUUUAGUGGUGACCAUGAACUCUUUGUCAGAGUAAAUACAAACUUUAAAGGAAAACUGUGUGGACUCUGUGGCACGUAUAAUGGUAACCAACAAGAUGAUUUCCUGACACCUGAUGGUGUACUUGCCCCCACAUCCAAUGACUUUGCAAACAGCUGGCGUGUUCCUGAUGACAAUUGGGUGUAAGUAUAAAUAUAAAAAUGACCUUGAUGUUCAUCCUAGAUCUAGACUAAUUUACCAAAAUGUUUAGAAUGGUGAGAAUGAGCAUAUAUAGAUAUAGACACCACAUCCCAAUUUAAAUUGAAAUAGAAGAGAGUCACAUACCUCAGGAUUUUAACAGUGUCAAAAGUGUAUGAAAUUACCAGGUACUGA